AUGAGAGCUGUAAUACAACGAGUUAAACAAGCAUCUGUCACUGUCGAUGGUCAAGUUGUCUCUUCAAUAGGACCUGGUUUAAUGUGGAUUACCAAAGAAGAUACAAAAGUAGAUUGUGAAUAUUUGUUAAAGAAAAUCUUUGGAUUAAAGUUAUGGCCAAAUCCAGAGUCAGAUAAAAGUUGGGAUAAAAGUGUAAAAGAUCUCCAAUAUGAGGUAUUGUUUGUCAGUCAAUUCACACUCUAUGCCACUACUUCAAAAGGAUUGAAACCAGAUUUCCAUUUAGCUGCUGGUUCUGAAUAUUCCAAAGCAUUCUAUGAAGAAUUUCUUGUUGAUGCCAAAAAGAUUUAUAAUCCUGAAAGAAUCAAAGAUGGACAAUUUGGUGCGAUGAUGGAUGUCGGUUUAGUCAAUGACGGGCCAGUUACCAUUUCACUAGACUCAAAGAACAAAUAA